AUGUGUAUAGAUUACCGGCAAUUGAAUAAGGUAACAAUUAAGAAUAAGUAUCCACUGCCGAAGAUUGAUGAUUUGUUCGACCAGCUUCAGGGUGCCAGGGUAUUUUCCAAGAUUGACUUGAGAUCUGGCUACCACCAGUUGAGGAUUAGGGCAUCCGAUGUCCCUAAGACAGCUUUCCGUACUCGGUACGGGCAUUACGAGUUCUUGGUCAUGUCGUUUGGGUUGACCAAUGCCCCAGCAGCAUUCAUGGAGUUGAUGAACCGAGUGUUCAGGCCAUAUUUGGACAUGUUCGUGAUAGUCUUUAUUGAUGAUAUUUUGGUGUACUCCCGCAGCCAGGAGGAGCACGAGCAGCACCUUAGAGUGGUUCUUCAAACUCUGAGGGACAGUCAGUUAUAUGCCAAGUUCUCCAAGUGUGAGUUCUGGCUGAGUUCAGUAGCAUUUCUGGGUCACGUCCAGGUAUUGAGCAGCAGCUGCAGCAGCAGCUUAGCACGGGGGCGAACCUUCAGUCCAGAGAGACCCAAGGCCGUUGCAAAAGAGUACAAAUAUGGCUUGUAUAUUACCAAUUUACUUUUGGCACACCUAUUAAGGAAGUACUAA